AUGACAGCGAACACAGAUUCUCAUGAUUUAAGAGCGCGCACUACGGCCGAUUCUUUGCGUUUGCACAAUAGUAUUGCGAGCCCCAUUCUUUACCGGCGACGCCCAGAGGUUGUAUCUAUGGAGACUGCGCGCUUGAGAAGCUUUGCGGAUAAAUUCACUCCAAAGAUGUACGCGGAAGUUCUAGUUGCCCUUCAAGAUUUAGAGUUCCCAUUCAACGACUCUGGUUUAUCGGAGAGAAGCAUAAAUUCUCAGAAAACACCGUACAUAACGAUUUUAGGACACUGUCCGAAUGCUACUAGGCUUGUAAUUUUGUUACCAUCCAACGAUCCUGACUCGCCGCUUAAAUGCGGCAUAUGUACUGAUUCGCUUGAUAACAGUCCGGAUUAUGCUGCUUUAUCACGUUUAUGGGGUGAAAGUAAUAAGGAAAUGCUGAAAGUAUACGGCAAUGGAUUUUCUAUAUAUCUGAGGCCAAAUUUGCAUUCUAUUUUAGGAGAUUUGAGAGACAAGACUGAGUCUCGCAUACUUUGGAUAGAUACAAUUAGUUGCGAUAUGCAGAACUAUGAAGAGAGCAGCUUUCAGAUGAGAAUAAUGGAAAGAGUCUGUAGUCAGGCCCGGAUAGUCAUACAGUGGCUUGCGUGCUGA